AUGAGAGCCUCAGAACACAGUGGCUGUGCCAAACGAGGACAGAGCAGGAGGAGGUUCUGCCAGUGGAGUAACACAGAAACAGAUCCCAAGGUCAGUGAUCUGGGGACUGUCGUGCACCGGGAAGAGCGAACGCGUGGACAGAUGUCAGGAGUGAUGAGCGUCAGGCGUGACAAGCUCCGGCUUGGCUAUCACUUACUACUUGGAGCCUGCAGUCGGCUCCAGCUCAACUGUCUGUCACUCGGCUCCUGUGUGACCCACAUGCAGGCCCCAGACACUGCAGAGUCUGGGGCCUCUUGGGUCGUGGCCUCGCUGUCACAUGACGAUGCCUGA